AUGACUAAAUUGGAUGUAGCGCUCACACCUGUUCAUUUCUUCUCUCACGGAUCUACCCGCAUGCUCGAAGAGGAUUGUGAUGCGGGGACAUAUUGGAAAAAAUGCGGCGAUGACGCUCUCGUACAAGGUGUCAAAGGUAUCGUGAUAAUGGGCGCACAUUGGGAUUGCUUGGGCGAUAAGAUUGAAGUCGCCACGAACCCCAAUCCUUCCAAAUCGCCAUGUCCGUAUGUGACACCAUCGAUUUACACGCAGUGGAAACCAAAUCCAGACCUCAAGACGGCAAAACGAUGCGUUUCUAUGCUUGCUGCACAAGGCUUCAAUGUCUCCGAGAACCCUACUUUUGAUUGGAUCCAUGACACUUACUUGGUCCUCAUUCGAAUGUUUCCCGACGCCAAACUCUGCCCGCCGGUAACCAUUGUCUCGAUGAACGCACGGUACGAUCCGCACUACCAUAUCAAAGUCGGCGCCACGCUUCGCCCACUCAGAGAAGAAGGCUAUCUCCUUAUCGGUACCGGUGGCGCUGUACACAAUCUCUAUCGCAAUGAAUGGAGGCCUAUGGUCCUUUACCGCGACUCUCUAGGUCAGGAGAAGCCACCCGAGACAUGGGCUCUCGACUUUCGACAAGCCACUGAAGAUGCAAUAACUCGGAACUCUGGGCCAAAGUUACGAAGAGCGGUAGCAAGACUCAUGAAGCACCCGCAGUAUCGUGCCGCGCAGGCGACAGACGAUCACUUCAUUCCAGCUCUGUUUUGUGCAGGAGCGGCCGGGGACUGGGAUGAUAUGGGCAGCGUUAACGUGCUGGGAGCGGAGACGUGGGAGUUGACCAAUAUGUGCAACUCACAAUUUACACUAGGUUCAUAUGACAGUGUUGGAGCCCAGGGCCUUGCAAUUACUGCUUGA